CCGCCGGCGUCCCCGCGGGCCGGUCCAGCGAAGGCGGCGCCCGCGCCUCUGCAGCCAGUGGCAGCUGCAAGCCCGGGGAGGCGGCUCCCGCAGCGCCCCGCAGCCCCGCGCCCCGGGCGCCUGCGACCACAGCGGCCGCCCGGGGAGGAAGAGGAGGGGAAGGAGGAGGAGGAGGAGGUGACAAACUCUCCGGCUCCGAGCCGCGGCUGGCAGCCCGCGGUCAGGCAUGCAGGCGCGGCGUCUAGCCAAGCGCUCCAGCCUGGGCAGCCGCCGGGGGGGCGCCACGCUGCAGGCGCCCGGACCCGCGCCCGCCAAGGAAGGCACCUUGCCCGGGCUCCCGCCCCUCGGCCCGGGCCCGGCCCCGGCCCCGGCCCCAGAGAGCUGGAGGCCGCCGCUGCCGCCGCCGCGCAGCGCCGGGACCGGCCCCCCUCGGGCCGCCGGGGCCGCCGCCGCCUCGUCGCCCGUGCUGCUGCUUCUGGGGGAGGAAGACGAGGACGAGGAAGGCGGGAGCAGGCGGCGGAGGGGGCUCGGGCGGGUGGAGGAGAAGCCCCGAGGGGGCGCGGAGGAGGAGGAUGACGAGGAGGAAGACGAGGACGAGGAGGUGGUCGUCGAGGUGGUGGACGGCGACGAAGACGAGGAGGACAGCGAGGAGCGCUUCCUGCCCCUCGGCCCCGGCCGCGCGGUCCUCAAGGGCCCGGCCCGGGGCGCAUUGAAGGUGGGAAGCAUCAAGCGGGAAAUGACCUUCACAUUUCAACCAGAGGACUUAAAACGUGACUCUAAUAAAAAAAUGUCUCAUCAACACUUGUUUCCAUUGGCCAUGGAGGAAGAUGUGAAAACGGCAGACACCAAAAAAGCCAACCGAGUCCUUGACCAUGAAAAAGAAAACACGCGCUCCAUCUGUCUCCUUGAGCAAAAACGAAAAGUUGUUUCUUCCAAUAUUGAUGUUCCUCCAGCAAGGAAAUCUUCAGAGGAACUGGACAUGGACAAGGUGACAGCAGCAAUGGUACUAACCAGCUUGUCCACCAGCCCUUUGGUUCGAAGCCCUCCUGUGCGGCCAAACGAGGGCCUCAGCGGAUCCUGGAAGGAGGGAGGAGGCGUGCCUUCCAGCAGCAGCAGCAGCGGCUACUGGAGCUGGAGCGCCCCCAGCGACCAGUCCAACCCGUCCACGCCGUCGCCGCCGCUGUCGGCCGACAGCUUCAAGCCCUUCCGCAGCCCCGCGCCGCAGCCGCAACCGCAGCCCGACGACGGCAUCGACGAGGCGGAGGCCAGCAACCUGCUCUUCGACGAGCCCAUUCCCAGGAAAAGAAAGAAUUCUAUGAAGGUGAUGUUCAAAUGCCUCUGGAAAAACUGUGGGAAAGUGCUGAGCACCGCGGCAGGUAUCCAGAAACACAUAAGGACCAUUCAUCUUGGACGUGUUGGGGACUCCGACUACAGUGAUGGAGAAGAGGACUUCUACUACACUGAGAUCAAGCUCAACACAGACUCUGUGGCAGAUGGACUGAGCAGCCUGGCCCCGGUGUCACCUUCUCAGUCCCUGGCUUCACCGCCUACUUUCCCCAUCCCAGAUUCAAGCCGAACAGAAGCUCCUUGUGCCAAAACUGAGACGAAAUUGAUGACGCCCUUGAGCCGCUCAGCUCCCACCACCCUCUACCUCGUGCACACCGACCAUGCUUACCAGGCCACACCCCCUGUGACCAUUCCAGGGUCGGCCAAGUUCACCCCCAACGGCAGCAGCUUCAGCAUUUCUUGGCAGUCUCCUCCAGUUACCUUCACAGGCAUUCCAGUGUCACCAACGCAUAAUCGUCCAGUGGGCACGGGAGAGCAGAGACAGCACACACACACCGUCUUGUCCUCGCCACCCAGAGGGACGGUCAGCCUGAGAAAGCCCAGGGGAGAAGGCAAGAAGUGCCGGAAGGUAUACGGCAUGGAGAACCGAGACAUGUGGUGCACGGCCUGCCGCUGGAAGAAAGCCUGCCAGAGGUUCACUGACUGAGGAGAGAGGCUCACCAAGCGGGCGGCCCAGGGCCCUCGCCUUCCACUGCGGGUUUGGGAAAGCACUUUUGCUUCUGAACAAAAUACACUUGAAGCCCAGGAAAAGCACUUCCAGGAAACUUGGUGGAAUUACAGCAAAAAAAUAAGGUCACCACCCUCCACUGCUCCUGCUGAGAAUCCAGCCUGGAGCGGCUGUAACUAUUUUUUUUUUCCUUGAAAAGAAAAGUCAGCUUUUUUUUGCUGUAUGCCUAGGUCUGCAAACUGUGGACUUCCGUAGCAAUGGAACCAACAAAGCCCCUUUUACCUAGAAAGGAGGCAUAUUUUGAUAAGCUUUCUGAAUAAUGCCAUUUCUGAGAUUUUUUGACAUAGUAAAAAAAAAAAAAAAAGCGACGCGUUAUUCAGUAGCAUUUGUACAGAGAACAACACUUGCUUUCAUCGUGAAUACUAUUUUCCCUGUUUUCCAUUUGACUUCCUGGAGCAGUGCACAUCAUGAUGUGUUGCCGGAAAGUGCAGCACUCUGGGUAUCUCUUCUAUGUCUUGUUUGUUUGUUGUGUUUGCAAGAAUGGCCCCAGACGGAACCGUGGCUUGGAGGGUCCCAGAUGGCAUAAACCUGAAAGGAGAUCACCAGCAGACCUCAGACCCUGAAGCUGAGUUCAGGACAUCCCGCUGUAAUGUUGGGAACAUCUAGGAGUCUUCCUCAGAUUUCUAAGAAGCCCUUCCUCCGAGAGGUGGCUCGGCUCAUUCUCUACCUGUCACAGCUCAAUCAACGACUGGCACAGGUAGCCACCUGGGUAAGCCUCGAUGCUUCUUUCAGGGAUGCAACGCGAGCCGCAGCACAGAUCCGUUUGUCACUGCUUGUGUGACAGUGCUGUUGCCAGGUUAGUGGGUUGUCGGGCCGUCCCUCAAAACCCCACCACUGGCUGGUUUCAGAACAGGUAGAGAAUUCCGACUAUCCCAGCAGGUUUGCUGUAGACAGCGGAGUACAGCCUAACACAUCCCCUUCUGUUCAGAAAGACAUGUGAAGUCAGCAAACCGACAUCCAUUCUGAGUGCACUUUCACAGGUUUUAUGCUUUAGCAUGUCUGGGAGAUGGGUUGAUGGACAAUACAGACGUGAUCUGAGUACAUGGAAGGUCCAAAACUUUGUUUUUCUUAUUCAAAUACUGGCACUGUUCACUUAGAAUUUGCUCAGAGGGGAACGUACAGAACACCAAAAGGAAAAUGCAUGUGGGUAUAGGAAUCUCUCAAUUUAGUAGGACCAGGGCUUGCACUGUGUUGCAUUUAGCAGGUUUCCUAGCCUAGUAUGUUUGUUUGUUUUGGUGGUAGUGGUGUGGGGGAGGGAGUAGUUGUCACGUUCUAUAUGUACGCUCAUUGUCUGUCUGUCCUACUCUCGAUUGCCCUGCUAAAGAGUUACUUCUCCUAUACCUAUGCAAAGGAUUAAGAGCACCUUAUAGGAUGCACUGUGUCAGGAUGGGGAGCCAACGAUCAGCCAUAGGAAUGUUCAGUGAAAUUGCACAGAGGAGAGGUUAAUAUAUGUUUAGAAAUUGUACAUACACGUUUGUUUUAGAGUUGAAAGAAGUCAGUUAGGAAUAGCAGAAAUCCUUUUCCUUUUAGAAGCAAGGGAAAUAGAAGGAGGUUUCACAGUGUAAUAGCCACAACCUAUACAUUCAUAGAUUUUGGCAAUUUUAUUUUGUAAGCGUUCAUGUGACUUUUUAAAUAUUAUUCCUCAAAAGAGAUCCUGUUUUCUCCUUCAUUUAUUUUUCUCUUAAAAACAUGUAUUUCAAGAGAGCAGGAAAAGAGCUUCCUUUACCUUCAUGGGUAAUUGAAAAUCAUGUUUAAUUUCAUGAUUUCCAAUCAAUAGUAGCCACAGCACCAGCUAUAAUGUGUGUUUUAGUAUUUAUGAGGUCAGCCAGGAAAGGGCAUAUUUUUUUAAGGGCAGAAGUGUAUUCAUAUCCUCAACCCCAGCAUGUCUUUUCUCCUCCCUGGAGUCCUCUUGCUUCCCUGCAGGCACCCUCUGCUGUGCCAUGAUGCUCCCUCUGGCCUGGUCCGGGAGGCUUGAGCUGUGGGUGGAUUGCCCUGUGGCCACAAUGAGUCCAGAGCCGGUGAACCACUUGAGCAGGUUCUCCGUGUACUGAAAUGAUGGCUGGGAUGCAAUCCUAGAGCAGAGGUUUUUCUCUUCGGCAAAUCUCCCUGGCUCUUGAUCCUUGGAUUAAUUAAGUCCCUCAUCAAAAACAAUUACAGUGAUGAGGGGCUAAAUCCAUCCUCCCCACCUCCCAGAACUUUGGGACACAGGGAAGGAGAGGUCUUUGUCCUGGAGGGAGGUCUUGUGGCUGCACCCUAGAGAUGCAGCACAUGAUUCGUUCUGAGCUCUGGCCUGGAGGAGCCACGCUCAGUCCUUACCUGGGUUUUUGCCAAUGCACAGGUAUAAGCAGAAGCGUACAGCUGAAUGCAUCUUCCCUGGGAUUUCUUGUCCUUUCUAAAGGCUUCUCUACACAUACUCUUCUGCAUCCCCAGUCACACGGGGACUCCUUUCUGCCUGCUGGCCCCGGUCUCUGGGUACUUUCUUCUCUGGCACAGGUGUGCACAGACCGUCAGUCCCUUCCUGCACACACAGACAUCCAUUUUUGGUACCAAGGCAUGUAAUAACUGGAGAACCAUCAAAAUUACCUGGCUGGCCUUGGGAAAAAAUUGACUAACUUCUUUGCAAGCCACCCAGAGAGCUACGAAUUGCAAUAUACAGCACUGAUUGUAAAAGCCAAAAUUACAGGAAAAAAAAAGACAUACAGCCAUUUUGUUAUAUUUUGGGACUAAAUUAAGUGCCAAAUUAAGCCCGACAUUCGUUUUAUGCCAUCCCUGUGGUACCACGUUCUUUUAUGUCUUCAUUUGGCAGGGGGAGGCAGGGGGUGGGUGCAAAGGGCAGUCCCAUAGCAUGCUGGCUGGUUAACCAGAGCUCCGUCCAUCCCACGGAUCUCAGAGACUUGUCUGUUCAAAAGGAAUGGCCAUACUAUGGAUUCUGGACCCAAAGUAUUUCUAAAUAAGGCGUGCUCUAGCCUUUUGACCUUUCUCUCCCUUGAUACUUCUUCCUUCAGAAAAUAGUUCUCAUCUCUAAGAAGGCAUUUCAUAAUAACAGACAGGCAUUCUUCAGGUAGCUGCAAAGCAAAGAGAGUUCAUCCAGCAGUAGUUUUAAGCCUUAGUCCUUCCCAGAGGACGUGCACCCAAUUUAUGGGCAGCAGUGUGACAAGCUGGAGAAGACACCCAGGUAGCAAGUGGGUGGAUUGGAGGCCAGAGAGGAGACACAAGAGGUCCAUGGACAUCUGGCUCCCACUCACCUUGUUAAUGCUGAUCGGCCAGUGGUGACUGUCCCUGGACACCUCGGAGGGAGCUGUCAUGUCGUCCCUCCAGGAGCAGCUGCCACUCCCGUGCACGUCUCUAGUGGGCACGGACCUCCCUCCACCUUACUUGCCGGAAAGUUUCCUCUCCUGGUUGGUAAAAGCCAGGGUCAGGAAGAAGGCAGUGGGUUUCUGAACGGGUGCGGGCUCCGCGGUGAAGUGCCUGUCAGCAGCUCCGUGCACCGGGGUGCCCUUUAUUAGGUGAUUCCCUGUCCAGUCACAACUGUGUUGCAGAUGAACACUUUCAGUAGAGAACGAUGGGUGUUGCAGUUCCUGGGCUUUCCAAAAUCUUCUUAAAGAAACAGUCACACGAAUGGUGCAAAAGAUUUCUGAGACCGAAAUGCCUCGAUCCCAUUUCAAGAUUGUCUGCGUUUAAGUCAGCUGCCUGCAGUGUCACACCAAGCCACGCUUUUGAAAGCCGCCCUGGGUUCCGUAGUAGCCAGCACGGCUGACCUGAGUCCUCCUUCAUCCGGCUUCACUGGAAAACAAAAGAGCAGCAUUCACUUGCGAAUGUUUAGAGGCAGGUGGCAAGAACUGUACAUAUAGGAGAGGAUACCUUGAGAAUAGUAGCAAAAUACUGUAAAUAAUAUUCAUUUCCUCAGGGAAAAUUAAAGGGUAUGUGAAAGAUAGAUCUGGAAGAUCCUAAGACUAGAAAGACUUUUAUUAUCUCUAGAGUCUUUCCCAGUCAGAACAGUUUGGGUGGUAUUUUUGUUUUUAACGAACAUGGUAAUUAUUUCAAGACAAAUUUACAUGAAGUGGACGAUGUCAACUUUUUGAGGAGCAGUGCUCUAUGGAAACGAGUGGUUUCUUUGUAGCUGACCUGCAGUCUAAGGCUGACAUUUGAACCACAGGCACAGUCCCUGGUGGGUAUUCACAGACUGGUGUAAGGCUUUUUCUGAAUGUAAUUGUGAGUCAGAAGCCUCGGUGUUCCUUUUCAUAAUCACCCGGUUGAUGACUGUACACAGAAUUCUGUAGGCGAAGGUGUUAAAGACGUGCACUUUGCAUUAAUAGCAUGUUAAGGAGCAAACUUCCAUGGACUUUUGCGGACAAGGUGCUGCUUUUUCUCAUGACCCUGUAGAAUUUCUAUUGACCACAUCAACUGUAGCAUUGACCUGUAUGAAGACAGGGAAGGAUUUGUGCAUACAAAUGAAUGGAAACAGAGCCGAAUUCAUGAAUAUGGAUGAGGCUGUGGAUCAUUUUGGAGAAGACGCUGGGUACAUGGGUCAACUGGAAAUUUCAUUUCUCUAAGAAAAUAACCCUACCAGCGGCACAUACGCUCUCCCUGUUCCUCAUACCUGUGGGGAUUCCUCUCUACUGGAACUGUUCCGUUGUGUCUUUUUGCAUUGUAACUUGUCAAAGCAGAAGUUGGUAAAUAAAAUGAGAUUAGCACUUUUAGGUACCAAUUGUAUCACUAUGUAAUGCACACCAAUAGAGCAAGGAAGUAUAAACUGCAUUUAAGACCGACCGGUUUGCUUAUUGUGAGUGACUCUGAAAAAGCCCAUACCCAAUGAUAUACAUGCUUUAAAAGGUGUACCUAUCAUAGGACCAGAAAUCAAAGUGGGAAUUUUACUUCUGGUCCUGUUUUGUAAAUAGUUGCUUUUUUGUUUUUUUUUUUUUUUUUGAAGACAAUCUCAUGUUUUAUAACUUCUCAUGUGGGUCUGAGAAUCACAAUGGUAAUGUGUUAUAUCAAAAUGUAAUCUUAAAUACAAUAGCAAUUAUAACUUAAUUUUCCAAAUAAGACAAGAAAUAUACUGCUUUAGGCUUCUACAAUUCGGAGAGACAUGACACUUUUAUAAUAAGCAUUGGUACUUCUCAAGUAAACAGAACUGGAAAUAUUUUACAAGAUGCAGUGUUUUGUAAUCACAAAGAACAUGAACAUUUUGUGGGAAAUGACCUUGGUUUUAUACAUUGUAGCUUAUUUUUUAAAAUACAGUACUUACCAGACAGGAAGUCUUAAUAUUAUAAGCAAUUCCUGCUCUCCAAACAAAGGGCUAUGCCUCUUUUAAGCAAGUGUUUUUGAUGCAUAUCUUUUCAAUUAACCCUCUGCAGCAAGGGUAGAAAUGCAGAUCAGAUGGAAAGAUUAUUACAAGAGAAUCAAGAUAGCAACAGCUACUCCUUUUAUCAUUGCCAGUGUGUUUUCAAAGGAUUAUGGGAAAAGACACUUUAAGAAUCAACCAUAUGUAUCUUAAAUGGGAAAAUAUUAAUAGAUAUGCUUGUAAGCAAUGGGAGAAACAUUCUUUAAAUUCUUUAGUGUAAAGUGAGAUUCUGUCACAAAGACCAGCUUACCACAAACCUGCAUUUAACUAGCAACUAUCAUUUGCUGGUAAUUCCUGAAAUCAUGGUAUUGUAAGCCCAAAGAUAGAAUUUUUAGGUGAUCAGUGGUGUUUGAGAUAAUUUUUUCCUAAGCACUAACUAAAUAACUUUAAUUUUCUUAUCAAAGCAAGUGCUUGAUUUUUUACAAGAGGAGCAGACAUGCCAGGUUGCGAUCAGAAAGUCACUGUAUUCCCAAGGGAGAGAGCCAUGGAGAGUCUAUUAACUGCACAAAUAGUUUUGAGCUUUGCCAAAACCAUUUCAUAAUGCUGUACAGUUUCUUCUAGCCCACUCACUGUUAAAAAAUAAAUAAAUAAAGCAUCUUCUCUUUCUAAGAUGUCAGUAACUCAAAAGCUAAUUAGCAGUAUGCAGAUAACCUCAAAAGACAAGCUGGCAUAGAAUGACCGUAUAUCCAUUGGGCAACUCCUGUGGAGUGGUCAGAGGGUCACUCAGACCUUGCUUUCAAAUAGCUUUUAGAAUGUGCACCCAUGAGGACUAGAAAUGCACGAAGAUAUGGAAAACCACGCACAGCCUCGGCUCCUGGUCUCUGAGAUGAGGCAGUCUGCAAAUCUCUAUCUUUAUCGUCCCUUGAAUAUCUCCAUUGUUAGCAUUAAAUCCCCAAGAAGUGUUCACUGCUGUAUGGUUUUGAAGCAAAUGAGUCUUGCUUCAUUUUUCAAUAGAGGCUUCCUAAUGGUUUAUAGCAGAAGCCUUAGAAAAGCCAGGCAGUAUCUGUAAAUGAACAAUUCAGAUCAGGCAAAACAGGGACACCACAGAAUGGUAGAGAUCAUUGUGAGCCAGACCGCCCAUGCACCCACUGCAUGGGGCACCCAGCUCCAGACAAUCAGAACCAUGCAGAAAUCAGGCCCAGGGCUGCUAGAUCUUCUGACUCGGAAAUACGGUGUUACGUGACAUUUAAGUGUUGACAGCUAACUCAAAUUCUUGGCCAACACUGUACAGACCAAAGAGAACCCACACGGGGCAGACGGCAGCCUUCGGCCACCGGUUUCAUCUCGCAUUCCGUGGGAGAUGUUGGGGAAGGCACAUCUCACAUUCCACAGCCAUCGGGUCAACUUCCUCCCUCAGCCCCACAAACUCACUCGUGGGCACAAUCUGGGCAACUAAAAUCAAAGAAAUCAUUCUCGUGGAAGACUUGAAUAUAAAAAUACAGUAUCCUUAAACUAGCCUUGCCUCUGAUCAAAAUAUGCUGAAGUACUAUCCAACUCCCCCCACCCCCACCCAGGCCAGGCCCCAAAGCAUUGAUUGAAUAACUGUCAUCCCAACUUCAGUUUUCACUACCGUGACCACUGUGAUGAGGGGCUGGCAAAGAGCAGCCUUAUGCCUUCAAGAAGGCAGCCAGGAGCCCUUGCAGCUGAAGACAGCCCACUUUGCCUCCUCGUGCCAAAGCCCUGUGCCAGCCCCUCCACACACCCUCCCGCUCCAUCCUGCCUCGUGAGUCUUCAUUCCAGGGUGAAAUUUCCCUUGUUUCAUCUCCCAUAUAGCAACAUCCUGGCUUCAGACCUGGUAGGUACUUUAGAAUGUCCACUAACCCCAAAAUGGAGUUUUUCCACAUAGAGAACCCUAGCAUCUUUGUCCAAGGGCAAAGACGAAAUGGGAAUAAAUGUGUCAUGGAAAAAAUUAGAAGCUGCUGCUUUUGCUUGGGAGGACUAAGUGACUUCUGGCUGUGUCUUACACCAGAGUCCUGAUGGUGUUGGCAUCGUCGCUAACCCUUUCACACAUAUAAUAAAGUAGGGGUCUUUCAGAGACACUAUUUCAUUUGACCUUCCUAAGCAUCCAGGGCACAACAGGGAUACUUAGGAUCACCUCCAAGGCCAACCCACAAUAGUCUUAAAUCUGUGAGUCAGCCUUAUCACUGCCCAAAAGGAGGAGGGGAAGCACUUGGAAAGCACUGGCUCAGACCUUAGUCUUCCAGACACUAACCCUGAAAAGACCCAGGGACCCACUACGUUCCCAUCCUUUCAGCCCCUCUUUCCGCAUGGAAACAAAGAGCAGACUCAUUCACACAGUCACAUGCAAACUCAAUCCUGCCGACUGUAUCCCUUUAGGGUGCUGCCGUGCCCCCACUCCCUAAGUUCCCACCAUCUAAGUGGUUAAUUACAGGAGUUUCUUAGCUAAUGUGAUGUUCUGAGUAAACAUUUUGACUCCUUGGGAAAAGAAAAUUAUUUUGCUAACAUGCCACGCUUGUUAUCCAUCUAAAGGCAAAUUGAUGCCAGAAAAUUUUAAAGCAGCUCAAAAUUACAACUUUUCAUGAUCCAAUCAACAGGUACUGUCAACUCAAAGUUGGAAACACCUGGUAAUAUGGUUAAGUCACGUUUAAAUACGAAUGCAAUUUAAACAACACCAUCAACGCCUGAGAUUUCUGUCACCAUGAGGGACUAAAAGGCUGUCCAGCGAUGAACAGGCUGCUUCAGGCCUUCGCCCUGUCGUUGGCCAGGCUUCACAUCAUGAGGUUAGGGUACUCACGGGAAGUUUAGUCAUGGAGCUAGAAGGGGCCUAAACCAUUAUGGCCUGCCACCUACUUCAGUAACAGGCUUUUUGAUAAAUGAGACUUGUAUUAUUUGUCUGGAAAUACAGUGCUGGGGGAGGACUCUCCUCCUCUGCAGGAAAAGAAGUCCGUUUUGCAAUGGUUAACGCCAAUGCCAGGUCAGUGUCGGGGCUGAGUGAACAAGGAGAAAGCUGAGGCUCCCAAAGAAAAUAACUACAGAUUUUGAAAGAAGGUAGAGACUGUGAAUUCGAUGCUCAAAUUAAGGUCCUCGUUUAAAAAAAAAAAAAAAAAGUUAUUUCAUAGUGGGCGCCAUUCACAUAAUUUUUAACUGCCAGCUUCCAAAGAAAGAAUCCCCUUUAUUUAUGUUAUGAAAAUGUUAAGAAUUCAAUGCUUGAGUCUGAUUAACUAUUACAUUUACUUACUAGGGGCAGUUCCCUAAAUUUUUAAUUCAGAAGAUUCACCACCGUAGAAAGUAGCAACUCCUGACAAAGGCAAAAGAGCAGUCAUUAAAGAACAAAAUUUUCUUUAAAAAAAACCAUAUAUAAUAAUAAUAAAAGUUGCUCAUCUAUUUUCUUCUGAAUUCUCUCUACAUCUCUGACUAAAGAGGAAAGCCAGGACUCUCGAGAAGAAAUUGAACUUAAAGAGAACAGUUCCUGUUCUGGUGAUUAGUUUUGCUUCCCCAUUCUUGGCAACCUCCUGUGUCCACUGGUGUGACCUUAUUGAGGCCACACUGUUAUUAUGUAUGUUCGCCUCCAGAAGUUCCAGAUUAAGCACGUUUGCUUCUGUGCUGAUUUCUCACUCUUCAGUUAAGGUCCAGGGGGACAAACAUCACUACGACUCGUAUGGGAGGCUCCGUGAGGCGACCCUCUUCUUUCGGAGAAAAAUUUCCAUCUGUCUAAACAGUUUUGGGUGAUCAUUCAGAGGGCAGGUCAGUCAGCACCCAACCUGCAGCACUCAUCACAAAAGACUCGAACAGACUUGCCAAGAAAGAAUGACAAGGCAGAUACCUAAUCAUUUCACCUGGACUCAAAGCCUCCACGCAAGUCACCUGCCCACUGGGCCCGUCCACGGGGUGUGCCGGCUGCAUGAUCAGAACCAACAUGGAAGGACAGAGGAAGAGAGCUUCACAUUUAGUUUCUCUGGGCCCUGGCCUCCGCCCACAAUUAUACAGCAUGAGAAUGGACUUGUCCUCUGUUAUGUGAAAGUGGCCCCUUCAAGGUAUAAUUGUUUUAACUUGGUGUUUACGCAAGGAGAAAACUACUCCAGUUCUCAUUGUUAAGCACUUGCCCCUCACCCUGGCGGAGCCCUCUUCCUAUGCUUUGGGCACACGUGGCCAAGACAAAGGGGGAAAUGGUAGAGCUUUUGGGGCCAGCAGUGCCAGAGCUGGGAUUACCCCUCAGGGAUCUACAAGUGUAGUGGAAUUAUAAACUGCCCCCCUCCAAAAAUAGCAUGUAUCUCUUUGCAGAUUACAAACCCUUGCUUUGCUUUUUUCGCCUUUUUAUCCUAUACUCUGCUAAUUGGAAAUCAAUGACUGUGACUUGACCAAGCCCUGUGAUGAUAGCAAAGCCCCUUCUUCCAAAGUAUCCCGACUGUUUGGGGAACCUCUGUGAUCACUGGUAGAAAGCUUUAGAAUAGAUUUAGAUUUUUAGGAAAGAGCUCAAUACCCCCAAAUGUUCCACGACUUCAAUAACUGAAAAUGCUCUGGGUGUAAAAUAACCCAGGAAUGUGGAUUAUUUAUGUUUUAAAAAAAUGUCAUUAAUCAAUAUUUUCCUACAACGCGACCUAGAACUCCUAUUUUUGUAAUUAACGGUUGGACGAUGGUCAACCAUUUAAGCAUAUGCUCUCUGGAAUAACCAGAUACUAGUGUAGUUUCCAAAGUGUUUCGUGUCUCAAAAUCUAUAUACUUAGAGGAAGAACUCAGGAUAAGAAAAAAAUCGCUAGGUCCCAAAGGGUUCAUGACUAUCAUCAAAUGCAACUGCCAAGUGGCCUGCGGUCAUCUUUUUCAAAUGAGGGGCCUGGGGAGUAAGAGAACAACAGUUAUCACAAACCCUCCGUUGCCCUUAGUCCACGAUAAGGUUUUUAAAAAACUCUGCUUUUAAAAAUUAAGCCAUCUUUCAAAUUGUUUUCUAUACCAAAUCUAAAAUAUUAAAAUGAAAUUAUAAAAUAUUUCAAAUGGGGUAUUUACUGGAAAUGCUGUCAGUAGAAAGCAUUGCUUUUUAGCGCCUGCUAAACUGGUAAAGAUGGACGGAAGAGAAAGAAGCAGUCCCUUCUGUGUGAUGCCAGGGGUAAAAUGACAGGCGUUAACUAGUAACUGGGCACUAAUUCAAAGCAAUGUGGCGAUGCUAUCCAAUUUUUACAGAUCUUUUGAAAUACAAUCUUACCACCAUUUGGGGGUAAGUACUUGCUUACAAAAAUCUUUAAUAUUAGUGAAUGAAUGUAUGAAGCUACAAACUAUGCAUUUUCCAAGACUAACGUGUAUUUUAUAUCAAAUCCAAGUAAAUUGUUUUCAUAGACUUAUCACAACCACAAAUUAUGAAAAUAAACUUGAAUGCAUAACAUUGUGGGAAUGUGGGACUCCCAUCUAUAUUCUUCCAGCUGAUAUUUUUAAAGACAGUGCAUUGAAACUUCAGGCUCUAAACAAAUACAGCCAGUAAGGUAAAUAAAUGGGAAAUGGUUUAUAUGUUACUGCGUAAGCAGAAAUGAGAAAUGCUGGCUGUUACAAAUGUGCCCGGUUUUUUAAAGGUGGAUAUUCUAGUAACACUGGAUUAGCAGGCAAACAAAACUGCAUAAGGUUAAUGAGCAUCGCAUUGGAUAAACAUAGCAUAGGUUGUGUCCGUUGUGUUUACUUCUCAAUCUAAUAACAAAAACUAUUCUCCAAAGGGUUUGGGUUAUACAGUUUCAAAGAACAAAAUAUAAAAAUGCUGUCCAGCAAAGCAAAUCAUUGAGCUUUUUUCAAAAUCACAUGGAGAUAAUUACUUUACAUGUCUGGAACGUCCGUUUAGAAUAUACACACGUUUCUUCAGCACUCUUGUUGAUUUUGUAUUUCUGUGAAACCUUUUCCCCUAAUAAUUUAUCCUUGCUCCUCAAUCAGUAACUUCCUACGUUACUCAGCAUGAAAACAUAUUCUUUCCUUCUUCUGACAAGGUUGAAAUAAAGAACUCCAGUUCUCUUGCCAUUCUGGCUCUCUUCUAUGUCCGUUGAGAAAGUUUCUCAACUGUUCGUAGAAAUACGGAAAAUAUGGAAAAACGCACUUCUAAGCCUGGUACUUACGGUUAUACUGGAUAUGUUUGCUACCUAUUUAGAAGUUAUUGGGGAUGGGGACGUGUCUUUUUAUAUGAUUUUUAGCCAAAUUCAGAUGUUCUGAUACUCCACUUCUGAAUACCUAUCUGACUGUAAAUACAGCCUGUGGAGGUUCAGGUUAAUAAACCUUUCAUGUGACUGUUCCUCAGCCAUGCUCCUUGCCAGCUGUUGGCACACUGUACAUAAAUUUGUUGAAUGUUUCAAUGAUGUUGUUUUUCUAAAUGCUGUUCUCUAAAACAACUUUUUGAAUGUUUUUUGCUUUCCAUUGUUCAGGACUUUGUGUGUUGAUUUAAAAAAAAAAAAAAAGUUUCCUAAAUAUUUAACACCAGGAAAAAGAUUUUAAAUAAACUGGUGCUAAUUGAAAUAGAAGAAACAUUUCAGAUUUGAAGACUUACAAUAUAAGAUGUUCACACCAGUUAAACUAUCUAAACUGCACUUUCCCGCGGGGACAGCUGUCAUCUACCUGCAAUGGGCAUCAGGAGGACCACUGAAUGUUUACAGUCUCUGUGGCCCAUUUAAGUGUAAAAUACAAAAAUGGCACUGUCCCCCCAGAGUUGAGGAUUUGCCGCAUUGGUCCUAUGGAAGCAUUGAAGUAGAAGUAAAGGCUUAUAGUAAGAAUCAAUUUAGUAAUAGUCUUCUGGUCUUUGGACUUUCAUGUUCUGUGAUGCUUAGCUGUAACAAUGAAUAUGGUGUUGCCAAUGUAGUCUGACAUCAUCGUUGACCUGUACUUACUGCGUGUAUGGUUCUACCUUGGGUUGCACUGGCACAUGCCACGCCAGAACACUGGACUUUCAGUAAGACCAUUCUGACUUCUACAAUGUCCACACACAUGAAUUUAAAUGCACUUGUAACUGGUUAAUUACCAUGGAGUCUAACUUCCACUUAAUAAAAGUUUUUGUGUACCUGCUUCUA